CGUUGACUGACAGCCCGAUCCCAGUCCCGUUAUUCACCGGUUAUGGAUACUGUCCGUUCGCAGCGGCUGCAGCCCGGUGUUGGGGUUGGGGUUAGCGGGGGUACGCUGCGUUCCCUGCGGCCCGGAGUCACCGGUGGCUCGCUCUCUGCUAUCCCGGCCUCGGCUCCUCCACCUCCGCUUGGCUUGGGGGCCCCAGGGACCCUUAGUGGAGGGUUCGGGACCCCCGGUAACCCGGCCGUGCUCAGGGAGGCGGUAGAGGCCGUGGUGAGGAGCUUUGCCAAGCACACUCAGGGCUACGGCAGGGUGAAUGUGGUGGAGGCGCUGCAGGAGUUCUGGCAGAUGAAGCAGACGCGGGGGGCGGAUUUAAAGAACGGCGCCCUGGUGGUCUACGAAAUGGUCCCCUCCAACAGCCCCCCUUACGUCUGCUACGUUACCCUCCCGGGGGGCAGCUGUUUCGGGAGCUUUCAGUUUUGUCCAACGAAGGCAGAAGCCCGCAGGAGCGCGGCGAAGAUUGCCCUAAUGAAUUCCGUGUUUAACGAGCACCCUUCCCGGAGGAUCACCGACGAGUUUAUAGAGAAGAGCGUGUUGGAGGCUCUGGCCACGUUUAAUGGGAACAGAGAAGAGGCUGAUAACCCCAAUACUGGAAUCGGUGCCUUCCGCUUCAUGCUGGAGUCCAACAAGGGCAAGUCAAUGCUAGAGUUCCAGGAGCUCAUGACGGUUUUCCAGCUCCUGCACUGGAACGGCAGCCUGAAAGCCAUGAGAGAACGCCAGUGCUCCCGGCAGGAGGUGCUGGCUCACUACUCCCACCGCGCGCUGGAUGACGAUAUGAGGAACCAGAUGGCCAUGGAUUGGGUGAACCGCGAGCAGGACGCCCCGGGGACCCUGACCAGGGAGCUGGCGUCCACGGAGAGGCAGCUGGACGAGGCGAGGCUCGCGGGGAAAGAGCUCCGUUACCACAAAGAGAAGAAGGAUAUCCUGAUGCUGGCGGCGGGGCAGCUGGGAAAUAUGCACUCCUCCAACUGCUAGGCCGCGCGCCAACUACCCCCUCUAACCGGCACAACGAGCCUGUGGUGAGCAACGGCCGGCCUUCAGCCCCGCUUCACGGUGAGCACGGCUCCGGAACCCUUCCAGGCCUGAUCUAGAACCCAGAGUCUGGAGACCUCUUGACUCGUGAAGGAGAGACUUGAAGAGCUCUGCACACGUGAAG